AUGUUCCUGCCACUGAAAGAGGACUCUCUGCUCUUCCACUUGUGUCUGUACUAUGGAGCGCUCGUGCUGCUGCUAGAGUUGCUGGUGCCGCUUCUGCUCCAUCGUCGGGUACGUAUUGAGAUCCCGCGUUUGCCGUUGCGAGCACCAGUCGUUCCGUUGUCAACGCGCGAGUUCCAGCAGCGGCGACUAGCGCUAAGACAACAGGUGGCUGCGUUGCAACGAGAUAUCGCCGAGACUCCGCGUCGGUCACCACAGAAGAGAAGGCAGGUAUCGAGUACCAGUGCAGCUAAGCAACGAUCAGCGGCGUCGUCCACGCUGUCAUCACCAACGUCUUCAGUGAAGAUGAGGCCGAAAUCGCCCCGAGAAACGAGUGGAGUUAAACGGAAAAGCAACAGGAAUCAAGAGCAAGGUAGAGAUGCACCUGCUGAACCGACGAGGCCAAUGCCAAUGGCGAUGAGUGACUUUCUAGUGACGAGUGCACCGCGCCGUGGUGGAUUCUCAUUUGACGAGAUUCGAGACGAAGUAUUAGUUGAAGAGAACAGGAAAGAGAAAGAAGAUUGGGUUAAUGCGAGGAUAGCAAGACGAAGGGAAUCGUCGACGUUCUCAGGAAGAAGACCGGUGCGAUUAGUGGAAGAUGUGGAAAGUGUGGGGUAUAAUGGACCUAGCGAGGCUGCUACUCGGUUGGAGGCGUUGAUUGGGGCGCGCAGGAGACGAAGAGAGUCCGCUCCGCCUCCACAUAUACCCGCUCCACCUCCAGUCCCAGCUAUGAAUCAUUCACCAGCUCCUGUUUCAGCACCAGUAGCUCCUGCUGCUAGCUUGGAGAACCAUUUGGAGCUCUCGGUUUCUCAAGCUCCCAAGCCAGUACAGCAGGAAGCUUCAUUACUGGUAAGACCACAAAAUGAACAGAAGACCACACAAGACGAAAAGACGAAGGAGUCCGAAAGGAAUGAACCCGUUGCUGAUUUCCAGGCAUUUUGUGCUUCGUUUGCAGUUGGUGGCUCUGCUGCUGCUCUACAAGCUGCAGCGAAGCGGAAACACCACGAAGCGUUUGGAUCGGACACUGAGCAGACGAGUGGAGGCGUUGGUAUAGCUGAAGAAUUCGUUAAAAUGCGCAAGUAUCCUCGAGUUUCAGAACAAAUUACCGAGGAAUCAGAGUCUAGUGCUCCGUCUGCAACACUCCAAGUGUUAGACAAGCGCUCACACUAUAAGGCACUUGGAUCAGAGAACGAAAACGAGAUCGACGAUGCGGUAGAAGUGCAGCAGAUUUUUGAGAAACGUAACCACGAUCAAGCCUUUGGAGAGCCGGAGCGACCACAAGAAACAACACCGCGAAUUAUCAGACGAAUCUCCUUCGGUGACGAGGCCGAUGCACUGACAGCGUCACCAAAGGAAGUUCCGAGCGAGCGUUCAACUGGAAAGCGUAAGCACAAGCAAGCGUUUGGAAUGUUAGAUGAUGAAGACGAAGAUGCAGAGUGGCGCGAUUCUCUCGCUUUUCGUCCUCAUCGAAUGGAUUAA